AUGGCUGCAGCAACUCCAUACACCAUCUAUCGCGGUACAUUCGUUCAGCUUCCCCAGCUUGAUUCAAACUCGGCCAAGCCAAAGCUCGCUCGAACCCAAGGUGUCCUGUGGGUCUCUUCGGAGGAUGGUCGUAUUAAAGGAUAUGAUUGGCAAGUCAAAGAUGAUGCUAGCUUCCAAUCGUUCCUGUCUAGCCACGGCUGGACUGAGGCCGAUGUUACAAUUGUACAGUCAAACGAUGAUCAGAACGAGUUCUUCUUCCCCGGCUUCAUUGAUACCCACAUCCACGCGCCGCAGUACCCCAACCUGGGGUUAUUUGGAUCAAAGGGUCUGUUGGACUGGUUGAAUGAAUACACAUUCCCAGUUGAAGCUAGCUUCGGCUCCGAGUCGGACCCAGAGAACAAGGACACCGAUCCUAAAGAUACACCCCCAGAGGGCCUCCGCGUCUACGAUGAAGUCGUUUCCAAGACUCUUGCCCACGGCACAACUUGCGCAUCCUACUUCGCCACCAUCCACGUCCCGGCCACCAAUGCCCUGGCAGCCCUUUGCCACAAACACGGCCAGCGCGCCUUCGUCGGCCGUGUCUGCAUGGACAACCCCGACCAGUGCCCAUCUUAUUACAUUGAUCAGUCCGCCGAUGAUGGGCUGAAUGCAACAAUCAGGACCAUCGAUUAUAUCCAGAAGCUGGACCCGAACGGAACAUUGAUUAACCCGAUCGUCACCCCCAGAUUUGCGCCAAGCUGCUCACAGCACUCCCUCGAUAGCCUCGGCAAACUAGCAGCAUCCUAUAACCCGCCCCUGUGGAUCCAAACGCAUAUUUCCGAGAACACAGACGAGAUUGCACUCGUCCAGAAACUGUUCCCAGAGUCGUCCAGUUAUGCUGACGUGUACGACAAGGCUGGCCUACUUACCAACCGUACCAUCCUCGCACACGGUGUGCACCUCACCAAGGAAGAGAUGACUCUGAUCCGCGAGCGCGGCUCAAAGGUUUCGCACUGCCCAGCAUCGAACUCCGCCUUAGGCUCAGGACUUGCUCCUGUCCGCUUCAUGCUCGACCAAGGCGUCGCGGUCGGUCUGGGCACGGAUGUGGCUGGCGGGUACAGCGCCAGUAUUCUUGAGGUUGCCCGACAGGCGAGCCUGGUGUCCCGAGUGGUUCAAUAUAGUGCGGAGUACCAAGAGCUGACGGGCAACAAGACAUCGGAUGGAAGUGAGAAGCUUCUGGUCGAUGAUGUUCUCUAUCUAGCCACGCGUGGCGGUGCAGCAGUCGUCGAUAUGGUGGAUGACAUUGGUGGCUUCGAUAAGGGCAUGAUUUGGGAUGCGCAGCUGAUUGAGUUGGGUGCUGUUCUUCCAAACAACACGGCGAGCCCACUUGAUAUGGCUACUCUCGCUGGUCGAGGUGUCGAGACUGGCUCUGUGGGCAAUAUUGAUCUGUUUGGAAAUGAGACUUGGCAAGAACAGAUCGAGAAGUGGAUGUGGAGUGGUGAUGAUCGGAACGUGAAGAAUGUCUGGGUUCAGGGAAAGCUGGUCCACACCAGGGAUGAGUGA